AAAAACACUUAUAUACGUUAUGUAUGAGACAAUUAUAUUAGUUAUUCUGCAUCAACUACAGCUCAUCUUUUGGGAUCAACCUAUAGCUAUUACCAUUCAUACCACCAAACAUUAUCCAACUUCCAGGGUAAAUUUUUAUGAAAUAAAUGGCCCAAAUUUUGCUGCCUUCAUGAGUCUUACAUCAUAUAGGGACUAGACUACGUUGACUAGAUUCUAUUCAUAUGAGAACAUAUUACUACCUGCUGGAGUAGGCUACCGCCAAAAUGCAUAUUUAAUUAAUUCAUCAUUUGUUUGUGGGAACAUUCCUUAUUUUUGAUAAUCUUUGAUUUUGCUUGGCUUUGCUUGUAUAGUAAUUCAAUAGCCAUAAUGAAACACUGCUUUUUGUUCCAAGUUCUUUGUUUGAUGUAAUCUAAAACCUUUAAAAGAGUGAGGUUUUAAACCAGACUUCAGGUAUGAAAGUCAAGAGCUCCACCACUGAGCAAUUGGAUCGGUAUUAUUUUUGUUUUUCUAUUUUUUGGGGGGUUUCUUUGUAAGUGGUUUUCAAAAAACUUGGAGCAAGACUUUUAUGUGCAAAAGUCAAGAAUUCAAACUCUGAACCAACAAACGUGAUGCUUGUUAUAUUUUUUCCCUUCAGUCACAUCACUAGCAGGAAAUGUUUCUGUUUUUUGAGUGGAGAUUUAUUUGUUUGUACUUGUAGUAAUGAUUUAGGGGCAUACUUUUAAUUUUGUCACACAAUGCAAUAUCAUUGGCUAACCUCAUGUUUUAGCAGUAGAGAAAUCACUUACCAAAGGGAAUCUGGUAAAUUUCUCAGAGUUCAUACUACCAAUACAAAUGAUUUAGCAUUAAGUUCCAUCACAAGUUUCAGUGAAUUAGUUGUGAGUGAAACUUGAAAAUCAUGUUGUCAUACUGAAUAAGUCUAUGGUUUUGGAAGCUAAAAAUGUGUGAGAAUGCAGAAGUAGCAGAUUCUGCAAUUCUGUGGGAUGUUAUAGCUGUAAACCGCCCGUUGUAAAUGUUUCCUGUCUGUUGAUCUCUGGUUGGCCGCGUUGCAGCAGAUAUGAGCGACUCUCUGCACAUUCUGCUCUGUGUUACAGUUCUUCUUCUGUUUUUUUCUCAUUCACGGACUGCUGAACCUUUUUUCGACAUCACAGACCCAGCAUUUAUCAACGAAUGCAUCAAAGAACACAACAGAUACAGAGCCAAUGUGAUGCCCGCUGCCAGCAACAUGAGAUACAUGACGUGGGAUGAGGCUCUGGCGAUAAGUGCUCGGGCGUGGGCGAGUAACUGCAUCUUCAAACAUAACCCUCAUCUUCAGCAGCCGGGCCGCAUGCACCCCACAUUUACUCCUGUGGGGGAGAACAUCUGGGCUGGAUUUCCAUACUCGAAAUUCACAGUCAAUUCUGCUAUGAAGUUAUGGGGGGAUGAAGUCAAGGAUUAUUCUUACAAUAGUAACCAGUGCACAAAUGUAUGCGGACACUUCACACAGGUUGUCUGGGCGGACACUUACAAGGUCGGCUGUGCUGCACAAGCAUGUCCAAACGGUGUGGUUGACACAAGCUUUUCCUCUAAUCCUGGAAUCAUAUUUGUGUGCAACUACGCUACCGCAGGAAAUUACCCCGGUGUGCAUCCGUACAGAAACCGGAAGUCAUGCAGCGACUGCAACGGAGAGAAAUGUGAAACCAACCUGUGUCGUAACUCAACGCGGGACGCCCUGAAGAGUUAUAACUGGAGGCCGGACUGGGACCCUGCGCUGUUCUCCUGCGGUUCAUUCUGCAAAGCUCUUCUGGUUAUCAGACCUGCGUCCAUUCUGCUUAUAUUCCUCUCGGUUUUCUGCCUGCAGCGUUAUUACACAAAGCUGUUUGUAUAUGAGUGAAAUGACUAUA